AUGAGCUACAAAGGUCCUCCACGACGCGCCUCUGGCAUACUGCGAUACCUGAUAAUUGCAGCUGGAAUCCUGGGCGUGCUCUUUUAUUCACGCCACUCGGCGCGACUUGCAACAUUCAGCUCUUCUGGGCAUCCGCUAGAUCCUCAAGGUACGGAAGACCAUACCAAGAUACACACUCCACAACCAGAAACUAAGGCAGGAAUAGGAUCAGGAUCAGCUGCCACCGCGCAUCCCAUUGACGAAUUAAUCCAGAACGCCGAGAAGAAUUUUGCGGGGGUUUUGAGGAAAGAAAGUCACAAUGUGAAGAACGCUGCUGCAGAAUAUCGGAGACGUCGAGGACGACACCCCCCACCCGGAUUCGAUGUCUGGUUCGACUUUGCGCAGAAGAAAAAGGGAAUCAUGGUGGAGGAUUUCUUUGACCAGAUCUACCACGACCUUGGCCCCUUUUGGGGUCUGGAUCCCGCCAUUCUACGAAAGGAGUCCUGGGACUAUGAAAUGGUGAUCAAUGUUAGGGGGCAGAAGGCGACGGCUGUAAGUGAUUGGUUCUGGACACAGAUCUGGUUGAACAUGACACAGUCCAUCGCGGAUAUGCUGCCAGAUCUUGACAUCCCCCUCAAUGCCAUGGACGAGCCGAGAAUACUAGCCCCGUGGGAGGAGGUUAACAGAUUGAUGGAGAUUGAACGACUCACGCGAACUAUGGCGCCUGCUAAGGAAGUUCAUUCGACGUAUCGGAUCCUUGAGGAGGAGCCUGAAAAGGAUCUCCAGACGCGGGACAAGAAUUGGAAUAGAGAGCCUGGAUCCUUCUGGGUCCCUGCCAUUCGAGGCUGCCACCCUGACAGUCCAGCCCGCAAAGCCGCCAUCGUGACCUCCUUCAAUGAACCGCCCGUGAUCUCCCUAACCCACGCCCUCCCCCACCUCCACCAUGGCUACGUAUCCAACUACUCCCUCAGCACCGAUUUCUGCCACCAACCUGACCUCCAGUCCCUACACGGCGUAUUCAUCAAACCCCUCUCCAUCUCCGAAACAUCCGUCUUUUCGCCCCUCUUUGGCGGCUCUAAGCUCCCCACAAACAAUGAAAUCCUCCUCCCAGCCCCCAUGUACUGGGCCAACGAAGAACGCUUCACAGGCGGCGGCGAAACAGGUGUAUCCUGGCUGGAGAAACAGAACAAAGUCAUAUGGCGUGGCGCCGCAACAGGGGGGAAAAACACCGCUGAUAAUUGGCGCGGCUUUCAAAGGCAUCGUUUCGUCGCCAUGACGAACGGGACAAAGAUCGAACGAGCAGAGAGCUGGGAACAGCUUCCGGAAAAUUGGGCACUACCGUCAAACCAAUACCAAUUGGCUGCUGCCAACGAGGGCAAAUUGGGAAAGUGGACGAGCGAGUGGGCCGAUACUGGAUUCGUGGACCUGGUAUGCGACAAUGGACAAGACACCUCAACAUGCAACCACACGGAUCCUUUCUUCAGUGUCCUACCCGGCAUGCACAUGAAAGACCAAUUCAACUCCAAAUAUCUGCCCGACCUCGACGGCAACUCCUUCUCAGGCCGCUACCGCGGCUUCCUCAUGUCCACCUCCCUCCCCUUCAAAGCCACCAUCUUCCGCGAAUGGCACGACAGCCGCCUCAUGCCCUGGGUCCAUUUCGUGCCCAUGGAUAACCGCUACAUGGAUUUCUGGGGCAUCAUGCAGUACUUCCUCGGCUACGAGGAUAAGGCCAGGGGCAUACAUAUCAAGGGCCAUGAUGCAGCGGCGCAGAAAAUCGCCAAGAGUGGCCAGGAGUGGGCGAAUCUAGUGCUUAGGAGAGAGGAUAUGCAGAUUUAUACCAUGAGGCUUUUCAUGGAGUACGCUAGACUUGGGGAUGAUAGGAGGGAUAAGUUGGGUUGGGUUGAUGACUUGUUAUGA